AUGCAGGAUCGCGAUAAUCAUUCCUCUUCAAGCUCGGAACCCAGCUCUUCUAAGCCCGAGUUAUCAACGACAAGUUCAAUCCCAGCGAAGGUGGUCUCUUCAUCCGCCGCUGCACCACCAGCUACCGAUUCUAAUACCACCACUGCUCCUCCUCCAGUUAGUACGAACACUACAGUACCAGAAUGGCACCCCACAGGCCUACUGUCCGGCCACCCAACCCGCCCCUACGCCAUCAUCAUCCUCAACCAACCCAUCAACUACAAGGCGUUAGACGCCGUGAUCGACCAUGCAGAUCUACUCGUGUGUGCGGACGCCGGUGCGGACAGAUUAUAUAAAUACCAUCAACAACAACAAGACCAACAACAGCAACACCUCCCUCUCCGUCCUCAGACGCGUCCCCAUAUCCGCCUCCCAGACGCCAUAGUAGGCGACCUCGACUCCCUCAGCCCCCAAGUCGAACAUCACUACCGCGCCCAAGGUGUCCAAGUCAUCAAAGACCCGAACCAGUACUCUACCGAUUUCACGAAAUGUUUGAAAUGGAUUCGACGGACCGUAGAACACUCUCAGCAGUCGUCCCUCACCCUCGCUGGACCGCAAGAGUGCGAAGUCGUCAUGGACGUCGUCGUCCUAGGCGGUCUAGGCGGCCGCGUCGACCAAGCCUUUUCCCAAAUCCAUCAUCUCUACAUGGCCUCGAACGAUUCUGACCUUCUAGUCGGGAGGAUUUAUUUGUUGUCCGAGUCGAGUUUGUCGUUUGUUCUGGCCGAACCAGACUCCGACAGCACCACUCCCUCUUCUUCUACCACCACCACCACCACCUCCAUCCUCAACAUCAUCCAUGUCCCCGAAUCCAAACAAGGCUUUUCCUAUUUUGAAGAAAACGUCGGCAUCAUCCCCGUCCUGGGCCGCUGUCACAUCACCACGACGGGACUCGAAUGGGAUGUGGAGGACUGGCCUACGGAGUUUGGCGGUCAAAUGAGUACGAGCAAUCAUAUCCGAUCAAACAGAAUAGAAAUCGCGUUUCAGGGGCCUAGACCGUUGUUUACUAUGGAAUUGGGGAGAAGGUUUCGACAUUGCUAG